AUGUCAUCUCCUGGAACUUCGUCCUCCAAAGCUUCUCCUGGGGGCACAAGGAUUGGGCGCCCACCUCAGUGGACCGUGUCGAGGUCACGGAAGCUGGCCAGACUGUAUGUCUACACAACCUUGUCCAUCGGAAGGAUCAUCAAGGUUCUUGAGGACGAUCUCUUCGCUCCCCGGAAAAACUCGGCCCAAAAGACAGUGCAUAAGAUGCUCGACAAUGACCCUCGUUAUCUGCGGCCCGAGUCACGAGUUGAGAUGGAUCAACGCAUUGAUUGCCUGUCAAAGUCUACCAUUCGCAAGCGAACACCAGGCCAUACCACUGGCCGACCGGGUCCCAAAGAGGUCCAGCGAAGGAUAUCCGACUGUUCGACACUAUACGCCGAAAAGGUAUGCUCGUUACUUGACAACUUCACGAUAGCGGAUGGAUCGGAACUCGAAGAGAUACAGCAACACUCUUGGUGGGCCGAGUCUUUCGAACCUCCAGAGACAGACGUUGACACCUUCCAAGUGUCUCCCAUCCCGGGCUUUGCGGUACCAGGGGAUUUUCUGACUGCCCAUACCCUGAACUGUGCUGAAGAUCCAGCAUCUGGACAUGGUAGCGGAACUUGUUGGUGCGCAAUCGUAGCGGAAACGACAAGAGAAGAAGGUUCAUGGCUGGCACCAACUGGAGAGAUCCGGGAAGAAGUUGGCGACCUAUUUAGGAAUCCAUCCUCGGAGGCUUGCCAGUUGCAUGAUUCAUUUGGCAACACCCUGCUUCACUUGCUUGCUGCCAGAAGUGCAUGUCAAGAGCAGUUGUUCCGGCUCGUACCAUAUGCUGGCGAUGCCUUGGGUCUUACCAACACUGCCAAUCAGACGUUUCUUCAUGUUUUGAACCCCGAAUGGUUUUCCAACGUCCCGAGCGCCCUGUCGUCUCUCCAAAGACUUCUUGACGUUGUUCGUCACUCCGAUCAGGACAUCUUCCAUAUCACCGAUGUCUAUGGCCGCACCUUCUUCCACCGGGCGGCAUCUCUGGUAGCAGACCGGGAAGUUUUGACCGAUAUUCUAACAUACUGCAAUGUCGCCAUUCCACUGUAUCGAGAUGCAUUCGGCUUUGAUCCAAUUGCCAAUGUCCAGCCAGAUCCGACCAUUCUACCACCGGGAACACCCAUCUACAGCAGCCCUAUCUCCUACUCCCCACACGAACUCCCCAAUCGCUCAAGCACACCCUCCAGGGUCCCCUCUCCCAGCAUCAGCGUCGCUGGUGUCCCUUCUCCUGCAGACGAAGGGUCCUUCCUAGCCUACCACGCCCGCCUAAUUCGAACCAUCCACUCAGCCUACUCCAACCCCCUUGCCGAGGACUCUGAAGGUCGUAACGGCUUGCACUGUUUAGCAGAAGCCAUCAUCAACCAAAAAAGCAUGGACGAGCAACGUUCAGCACUAUCAUCUACUUCCAGCAGCCGUCCACAAAAGCGCAGCAGACAUUCAUCGCUCUCCUUGGAAUUCACCCCUAUCCACGUCAUCCAAUCACCCAUGUCCCCCGGUCCCACUUCCCACCCCUCUCCCACCACCAGUACCUUCAGCGUAGUGACAGUGACAGAAAAGGAAAAUCCCCUUCCAUCUCGCCUCCGCCACUUGAACUCUCUUCUCCAUCCUUCCUCGGGACCCAGCGCCGUGGGCGUGAACCCAAACGCAUACGACAAAUCCGGCACCACUCCCCUUGUGGCCUUCAUCCAGCAUAUUCCCGAUCACGAAGACGACAAGUCUCGCACCCUCCAAAGUAUCCUCGAGACACUAAUACGUGGCGGAGCGAACAUUGAAGCGAGGAAUAAAAGAGGGGAAACCCCCCUUUUGAUAGCGGCGAGGCUGGGGAGGAAGACUGCUCUAAGUGUGUUAUUGGAUCAGGGAGCUAACGUGCGGGCGAGAGAUAAGUGGGGAAGGGGGGUUCUGGAGAUUUUGGACUGGGGGGUCUUGGGGUGUAAUGGGUCUGUUAAUAAAGCCCUGCAGGGACAUGGAGAGAAGUUGAGUGGAAGGGAAGAGGGGAUUAAGGAGAGAGAGGAGUUGGCGCAUUAUGCUCGGUUGGAGGCUUGUAGGGGGUUGUUGACGGGACGGAGGGAUUGGGGAGUUGGGUAUGUGAGGGACGUGGAGAAGGAAGAGGAUGGGGUGGGUGUGGUCGGGGAGUGGAGGGUUAAAGGACUGGUUGAUGUGGAUGAGAUGGAGAUGUGA